AUGAGCCGGCACCAGGCAGUCUCCUCAAUCUUUGAGGCUGGCUUGUUUCGCCGGAGCUGUUGCAAUUCAUAUAGACUCUCAUCAUGCCGUCAAUUCAGCUUGUCAAGCCAAUGGCGGCAACAACAGACGCAACCGCAACCGCAAUCGCAACAGCAGCCGCAACAACGAAAGCUGAAUAUUCCGCCAGCUAUUGAACAGAAUCCCGUGGCCUUAAACAAGACCGAGGUUAAACAAUUUACACCAAAGCCCUUAAAGCGUCCGCUAGGAUUACCAUAUGCCCCCGAGGAAGGCCAGAAUACCGGCGUUGACAAAAGAACAUUGCGACAGCGCGGAGGAGACCUUGUAGACAAGGAGAAAUACCAACAACGACAGUCAGAAUUGAUAAAAGAAUAUAGCAAACCAUACUACCGGGAAUGGCACCGAAUGAACUACCACAGCGGAAAAGUAUUCAUCUGCAAUCCCCGUUUGUUCAAAGAAGACUUUUCCUUAUACUUCCCCAACUUAUUUGGUCGAACACUCCUGCGAUCCAAUCCAAUGCAGCAUACAACACCAGUUCUUCGCGGCAAAAUAUCCCUUGUUCGAGUGUUUGCCAGUCUGUGGGCAGAGAGCCAAACGGUUACAUUCGUUGGUGAAAAGGAAAACCCCGAACUACAGAAGAUAAUCGCCGAUGCUGGUCCAUUAGUUCAGAAGGUCGAUAUUAACAAUGAAGAUAACUGGCUUAAGGCACUCCUUGUACGGUUAUUCAUGGGUAGUAUGCGACGGAAGAUGCUAAAGGAGCAACACGGGAGAUACUUCUUGGUCAGGAAGGGGUUUACAAAUUACCUGAAAGAUCAAAUAGGGAUGCUUAACGGGAAAGUUGGUUAUGUUUAUCUUCUGGAUGAGAAUUGUAAGAUCAGAUGGGCUGGAAGCAGCAUUGCUGGGGCCGAGGAGUUAGAAUCCUUGAACAGGGGCUUGCAAAAGCUGGUGAGUGAAAAGAGAGCAAGCCAGGAAGCGCCGAGGAUCAUCUCAGCAUCAGAAAUACAAAAAGCCGCUCAGACGGCUUGA